AUGGACAAAGGGAAGCAGGCGUCGGGCAGUGGCGGCGCACGCAAGGCGGCGGGCGCCGGCAUUGGCGACGAGCUACGUAGUAUGCUUGCGGACCAAGGCAAAGGCACGAGCAGCGCCGCCGGCGGCGCGAUGAUGCAGGAGGCGAUGCGCGAUAUGCAGAUCAGCGACGCGCCCGCGUCGUCUGCCGGCAAGUUCCGCGAGACGAAUACGCGCUCGCGCACGCCUACGGCGCUCGACGCAGAGUACUCUGCAUUCCAAGGGCGUGAGCCGGUGACGGACCGUAUCGCGCCGAAUGCCAAUGUCGACUUUAUGGAAAAAGCAUGGCACUCGUCCGUGGCGCCGGCGCCGGCGCCGCAGCCUGCCGCGCAAGUGCCGCAGCCGGCCGCGCAGCCGACGCAGCCUGUCGCGCAGCCGACGCCCGCGCGUGCUCCGGACCUGCAGGCCGAUGCAAGCAACUUCCUCUCGGCCCUCAACGCCGAGGCGCCCGAGCCGGACGCCAUCGACCAGCCCCAAGCGCCGGUGCUGAACGUGGCGCUGAUCGACGAGUGGCGCCCUCCCUCGCCGUCGCACGGCUCGGUGAUGAGCCACGAGCAGUACGCGAUGCACGAGCGCCUCGCGAUGCUGCAGACGGGCGUGAACACCGAGCAGCCCUACCGCCAGGCGGAAGGUAUCGCGCCUCCUGCCGACGACGCCGCGCUGAGCGAAGGCGUCUAUGCCCCGACGCCCCAAGCGGCGCUCGCGAACGUGUGGGAUGCGCAGCAGGCGCGUGCCGCGCAUGUCCAGCAGUUCCGUGAGGACGAAAAGACGAAGCCUAUUAGCGGCCCGUCCUAUACCAAGAUCCGGGGCCAGGAGGUGGUCGACAAGCUGCGUGGGUGGCUCGUCCGCGAGGGCUACACUGGUGAGGUGUACGGCCUGCCGCCGAUGGUGAUGCGCACGUUUGGCGAGGCGACCGCCGAGGCGAACAAUGAGCAGGACGAGGAGCGCCGCGCCAAGGCGAUCCGCCGCCUCGAUGCCUUGUACCGCCACCUGUCUGCGCCGUCGCACACCUCGCGCGGUCCUGCGGAUAUGGUCAUGGAAGAUUGGCUACAAAAACAUAGCGAGUAG